CACACACACACACAGGGGGGCAUGCACCGCUGCAGAAAACUUGCGUAUUUGAUUUUAGGUUGUCUAAAUUGAAGACAUAAGUGAUGCUCGGUAUGUGGAUCGACUCUGAGGCUGCAUGAACAACAAUUUUUUGCCAUCUGAGAGCAGUUAAAUGUGCUCUUUAUUCCAGGAGGAUUACUCCUUUCCUCAGUAACGAUGGGUUCUGUGAUGUUGGACUGGAGAAUAUCAUGUCUUGUUCUGCAGGCAGCUGUUCUGCUGCUGCUCAGCAAGGGGGAGAGGAUGUGCCCUGCGAGUUGUCGCUGUGAAGGAAAGAUUGUUUAUUGCGAGUCGGGAAUCUUCCAAGCCAUCCCAGAAAACAUCACCACAGGGUGCCAAGGUCUGUCUCUGCGCUACAACAGCCUGCUGGUUCUGUUGCCGUACCAGUUCGCUCACCUUAAUCAGCUUAUCUGGCUUUAUUUGGACCACAAUUCCAUCAGAGAUAUAGACGCUUUAACCUUUCAUGGUGUGCGCAGGCUCAAAGAACUCAUCCUCAGCUCCAACAAAAUAACUCAUCUGCACAACAACACAUUCAGCGCCAUACCAAACCUGCGGAAUCUGGACUUAUCCUACAAUCAGCUGCAGUCUUUGCAGCCAGGACAUUUCUAUGGUCUGCGUAAGCUACAAAAUCUCCACCUUCGAUCUAAUGGCCUGAAACAGAUCAUCAUCCGUACAUUUCUGGAAUGCCGCAGCCUGGAGUUUCUGGACUUGGGUUACAAUCGCUUGCGGAGCCUCACCCGCACAACCUUCUUAGGGCUGUUCAAGUUGAAAGAACUUCAUUUAGAGCACAAUCAAUUUUCCAGGAUUAACUUUUUCAUUUUCCCGCGCCUUACAAACCUCCAGGCUCUUUAUUUGCAAUGGAACCGCAUACGAUCCAUCAAUCAAGGCGUGCCUUGGACCUGGCAUAAACUACAGAAAUUGGACCUGUCAGGAAAUGAAAUCCAGAUCUUGGACCCGGCGGUUUUCCAGUGCAUGCCGAACUUACAAAUACUCAAUCUCGAAUCGAACAAGCUCAAUAGCGUGCCUGUGAAAGCCGUGGCGGCAUGGACCUCGUUAACCACCAUUAGCCUGGCAGGUAACGCCUGGGACUGCAGCCCCAGCAUCUGCCCGCUCAUGGGAUGGCUCCAAGGCUUCAGAGACUCCAAAGACAUCAACAUGAUAUGCAGCAGCCCAAAGUCUGUGCAGGGCGAACGAGUCGUGGAUGUAGUGAAGAAUCACUCGACAUGUGUGGACGUGUCAAAGGAUUUCUCAACCACCGCUCUCAUCGUUCUGACUUCCACCCAAGUUGUAAACAUCACAACCUACCUCACUCCCUCUGAUGCUACAUACCCUGGGACUGAGUCACCUGUACAGAGGGUGACCUCUUGGCCUGUCCGUCCUAAUGGGACAAACAGGAAGACAACAGGGCCCACAAACAUGAGCUCCACAUCGCCCAUCUCCCCUGAACCCCCUACAUCAUUUAUCCCAGAGCUACAGUUUGAACAUAUGGCUUUCCAUAAAAUCAUUGCAGGCAGUGUAGCCCUGUUCCUGUCCGUGGCAUUGAUCCUCCUGGUUAUUUAUGUGUCCUGGAGGCGCUACCCCAACACCAUGAGGCAGCUGCAGCAGCACUCAGUCAACCAUAAGCGCAGGAAAAAGGCUCGCAAGCAGGAGCAAGACCUUAACUCUCAGUUGCAAGAGUACUACCUUAGCUACCACUCAAACUCCGAGACAAUGGACUCUUUGGUGAACGAGACAAGGCCGUGCACAUGCACUAUUUCAGGAUCCAUCGAAUGUGAGGUGUGAGGUGGCAAUUCCACCUUACGGGACUCAAAGUACAAUUGCUUAGCAGAGCUAAAUGGUUUUUCCACAAGAUAAAGUGUUUCUUUCUCCAAUGUGAGAUGAUAGAUUCUGCAGCACUGAAGGAAAUACUCGGGGGCACAGUACAAUACCACGAUGUGCACAGAGGCUAAGACUGCAAUGGAGAGAUAUUUUGGAGCUAAUUGUCACUCUGACUGACACCUUAACAGUUGCGGGGUCAGGCAGGUUAGCUGUGUACAAUCUAUGGUAACGCCAGAACCUCUGCUGCAGUAGAUGUCCGCUCUGUAGAAACACUGAUGUUAUUCUUAGUCAAACUAUGUUGCCAUAAAACAUUCAAACCAACAAAGCCACUUUUUAUUUGCUAGUAUGGAUUUUUCUUAUAUAGCUUGUGAAACAUUUUGGGAUGUAUGUGUGCAUUUCUGAGUGUGUAUGUGUCUGUGUUAUGGAGAUGAUCUGACUGUCUCCUGGUUCACCAACUUCUGGUUGAAAGAGUUACAGUGUUGCAUCUUAUUCUCACAAAAUACUAGGGAUGUAACAAUGUAUCGUGAACCAGUAACAAAUCGAUAUACAGUAAAUGUGUAAUGAUUACAACCGGUUGAGAUUUUUUUUUUUUCUAAUGAAACGCGAUGCAAUGUUUGAACAGCCUAGGGCAAAACCUCCUCUUGACUUCACUUGUUUUGACUUCAGACUUCACUACGUCUUUGAAGAUGGGAAAAAACGUAUUAAUAAUUACGUAUUUCAUUUUUUUAUUUGAGAUAAAAUACAAUUUCAGUUUUGCACUUUUGAUAAGAGUACACAUCUGUUUUUUUGCACAGUUUAUAUAAAUAAAGGAAUAUUUUCCAGUCAUUUGUCCGCAGUUCAUUCUGUUGAGAAAACGAAUUUGAGAAAAUCUUAUCGUGAAGUUAAGGUCGUGAUCGUAUCAAAUUGUGAGUUGAGGGUAUUGUUACAUCCCUACAAGAUACUAUGUCUCCAGUUAAAUUGUUCUACAUUUGUUGGUGCAGAAACUAGAAGUAACACGACCAAACAAAAAUGGGGGAGCAAUCGUCCUGAGAUCUUUUGCAUGAACGAAUUUUCCUUCUUCAAGAUGCUCCUCUCUCUUAUUACAUGAUCAGUUCCAAUUGAUUGUUAAAGUUGAAUUUGGGUCCAUUGUGUUAGAUGCCAAUCACUCCAACUAUAUUUAGGUCUAAUCUCAGGACUGAUGGUUACCAAGCUGUAAAAAUCUGUCAGCUCCAGUGAAGGCCUGGUGUGUCAAAAGAAAUGGCUGUUCAUUUUCAUAAACAUUAUUGUAUUGAUUAUUCCUAUCAUUAUGAUGAUGCAUUGAUUUUGUAAAGACAUAACAAUAUGGUUAUUAGGCUUUCUAUGUGAAGAUGACUGUAUAAUUAAAAGAAACUCUUGACAAUUGACAAAACAUUGUGGUUGAUGAGAAUAUUGACAGAGUGGUAAAAAAAAGAAAUCCUUUCUCUAAAACCA